AUGUUUUAUAAAAAAAGUGUAGAAGAAAUGAGAUUCUUUUGUUGCCAGAUGCCUUCUGUCAGAUAUUUUCUGCUUGUUGUUUGUUUUCUCGUACGGUUUGCAGCAGCUCCACGUGUUCUGUUCUUCUUCUGAGAGAUGGAGACAUUUAACUUCCGAUGUUGUUUAACAGGUGGCCCUCCACGUCAUCACGGGGUAAUAAUGAAACAUCAUAACCUUGUUGAAACAAACCACUAUCAUAUUGCGUUGAACCGAUUCGAUGUUACCGAAGCGCUUGAAGAAUUAGAGUAUGAGAUUGUAAGAGAACUUGAAAAACAAACUAUCUAUUCUACUUCGUGGUUUGACUGGGGAGACGUGAACGUGGCUGCUGCUAUUGGAAAUUGUAGCUCGAAUGCGACGGAAGGAGAAGAGAUUCUUGGAUUGCCGAAUUUUUCAAUUGAUUUCAUUUACAAUGCUGCUGAUCUGAUCGACUGUUCGGACGUUGUAAUAACUUCUUCCCAAUUUCCUGUCGAAAAAUUAGUUAUGCAGACUCUCCAAAGUAAUUUGCGGGGAGAAGUACAGAGGCACAGCGCUGCUGUCCAUUAUGAGAUCAUUUCUGGAGAGAUACCGUACCUCAGUGUUGCUGGAUAUACCAUUAAAAAUCAGUCGAAAUUGGAAGCAAAGGAACUAGAAUUUUCUAUGAACUCCCGCUAUGAUAAGAUCGUAGAAACGGACGUGGUUGAAUUUCAGAAAGAGAUUUAUCGCAAAACUAAAGAACAAAUAUUUGUCAAAGACUUAAACUUUGUAUGUCGUUUCGUCAACAGCGAAGAACACAGUUUCUCCGGGUAUGGCUGCAACAAAACCGGAGAUAUUUUUAGCACAACUCGCUGCAAAUGUAACCAUACCACAGUAUUUGCUGUGCUCCUGUCAAUCAAAACCGUAGCCGUACCAUAUGGCGUAAAGCUCUGCUCUUACACGACGGAGGCAGUGUCAGUUUUACUCCUCCUCGCUACGGUUUCGAUCCUCUUGUACUUUCGGGUUGAAAUCAAGAGCGACAGAACGUUUAUACAGAUCAAUAUGUCAUUCUCGCUGCUCUUGUUUCAUCUAGUGAACAUUUCUCAUGAUAUGGUUGUGAAUGAUGCUACAGCUUGUGAAGCAGCGACUGUAGCGACCCAUUACUUAGUACUGACCACUGGUUGUUGGAUGUUAGCUGACGGGGUGUUUCUUCUUAUAAAAACGUCGGACAACGUUAUUUCGUUCAGCACCAUAAACGAAAAGAAGAAAAAUGCCAUCGCUUUUAUCCUUUGUAUGUUGGUACCUGCUGUAAUAGUUGGAGCUGCGGCGACGGUCGGAUUUUUCCAGGGCGAAUACAUGUCACCUUGCUUUCUGUACACCAGCACUAAGGAAUAUAAAGAAAAAGUGCAGUACGAGGGACAAAAAAGUAACGUCUCUGUUCGGAAGUAUGACAUCUGUUGGUUGAAGCCGAAUUCGCCCAUUUUUCUUGCGACAGUGAUAGCGCCAGUGGCCACAAUCUUGCUGGCUAACUUGAUAAUUACAGUGAAAGUGACUAUUUCUAUUAUACAACUGAAAAAUCGGUCACGAAAGAUGCAGAAUUCCCGCGAAGGAGAAAGCCAGUAUGAUAAUUUGGUGAGCGCCACCAAGGCUUUGAUCAUACUACUCCCAGUACUGGGACUUCCGUGGGCCUUGGGAUUUUUAACAGGUAUCGAAAGCCACCAGUCGUCGUUGAUUUUUAUGUACCUCAACGUAAUAAUUAACGGACUUCAAGGUGUGGUUGUGUUUGUUCUCUUCUGUGGGAUGAAUCCAGCACUGCAAGGAAAAGUUAACCGCAAAAGGAACCAUAUCGGGGCCACUCCAAAAUCCACAUCCGAGCCGACAGUAGAUAGGACGAAAGGGACAGAUUUAGACUAAAUGACUUUUACAGCGCAUUGUGCUGCUGAUGUGAAUUGUUGUUAUUAUUUGUUAGUUUGAGG